AACAUAAAAAGACAAAACAUAACACAAUCAUAAAAACUCUCUCACACAUAUUGUCUUCCUGAACUCCGCGGCGUAGAUCCGAGGAGUUUUUGGAAAAAAGCUGCAGUCUUUACAAACCCUAAUUCUCAAAAAUCCCCUUUUUCUCAAAUCUUCAGAUCUCUCUUUAACAAUCUUCUUAUUAGCUAUAAGUAUGGCAGGCUCAGCACCAGAAGGUUCUCAGUUUGAUGCUCGUCAAUUCGAUGCGAAAAUGACGGAGCUACUUGGUACUGAACAACAAGAAUUUUUCACAUCAUAUGAUGAGGUUUAUGACAGUUUUGAUGCCAUGGGUUUGCAAGAAAACCUUCUGAGAGGCAUCUAUGCCUAUGGUUUUGAGAAGCCAUCAGCUAUUCAGCAAAGGGGCAUCGUUCCCUUUUGCAAGGGCCUUGAUGUUAUCCAGCAGGCACAAUCUGGAACUGGAAAGACAGCAACUUUCUGCUCUGGAGUUCUCCAGCAACUUGAUUAUAGUUUAGUUGAAUGUCAGGCUCUUGUUCUUGCACCAACCCGUGAGCUGGCACAACAGAUUGAGAAGGUUAUGCGUGCACUCGGUGACUAUCUGGGCGUGAAGGUUCAUGCGUGUGUUGGGGGUACCAGUGUCCGUGAAGAUCAGCGUAUCCUUCAGAGUGGUGUUCAUGUAGUGGUUGGUACUCCAGGCCGUGUCUUUGACAUGUUGCGCAGACAGUCUCUUCGCCCCGACCACAUCAAGAUGUUUGUUUUGGAUGAAGCUGAUGAAAUGCUCUCCAGAGGUUUCAAGGAUCAGAUUUAUGAUAUAUUCCAGCUUUUGCCACCAAAAAUCCAAGUGGGUGUUUUCUCUGCCACUAUGCCGCCAGAGGCUCUUGAGAUUACUAGAAAGUUCAUGAACAAGCCUGUGAGAAUUCUUGUGAAGCGUGAUGAGCUCACUCUUGAAGGUAUUAAGCAAUUCUAUGUCAACGUCGAUAAGGAAGAGUGGAAGCUCGAAACACUCUGUGAUCUUUACGAGACCUUGGCCAUCACCCAGAGUGUCAUCUUUGUUAACACCAGGCGAAAGGUUGAUUGGCUCACUGAUAAAAUGCGUGGCCGUGAUCACACAGUAUCUGCAACUCACGGAGACAUGGAUCAGAACACUAGAGAUAUCAUUAUGAGGGAGUUCCGAUCUGGCUCAUCUCGUGUGCUUAUCACAACCGAUCUCCUUGCUCGUGGUAUUGAUGUCCAACAAGUCUCCCUUGUUAUUAACUACGACCUGCCUACUCAACCAGAAAACUACCUGCAUCGUAUUGGUCGUAGUGGACGAUUUGGAAGGAAGGGUGUUGCUAUCAACUUUGUUACCAAGGAUGACGAAAGGAUGCUUUUUGACAUUCAAAAGUUUUACAACGUUGUAGUUGAGGAGCUCCCAGCCAAUGUUGCUGAUCUCCUUUGAGGUGAUUUUGGCUCUGUGAGGGGAAUUGUUCCUUCCCUACUGGAAGUAGUCUAAUAUAUUUAUUCAGAGUGAACAACUGCAAAUUUUGUCUGGUUUUUGUUAUUUUGUUUUUGGAAGUGUCCAAAUAACUUUGGAUUUGGUUGUUUGAAUUUUGUUUAUUUGAACUAUUUUUCUAUGGACGUUAGGCUUUUAGUUCUAUUUUCUAA